AUGACUUCCUGCAGCCAUACCGGCACGACAAAAAAGAGCUGGUGGAGGCUGAUCCUGCCGGCCAUGUACAGGAUCACAUCUGUUAGCAUCACAAACAGGAUUGACGUACCCGAGAGGAUCAAUAAUGCCAUGAUCCUGAUUGGGAAUUGCCCGAUGAACAACGGAAACAACAACCCAAUCUGUGCUGUUAUCCCGUCCAUCCCAAGUGGAAGUACCAGGACCUUCAACUGUGGAGGGAUGAUAGGCCGGUUUGUCAAUGUGUAUCUGAAUUCCGAAUAUUUGACAAUAUGUGAGUUGGAGGUGUACGGAGAACUGGUAACUCCUUCGCCCUCCUUCGGUGCGGUGGUGAUGGGCCGGAAAGUAGUCGUGGUGGAAAAGAAGCUGAGCUGGUCGGACGCCGUGCUCUACUGCAGGGACUUCUACUGGGACCUGCUGAGCAUCCGCAGUGAGGAGGAGCAGGUGGAGGUGGGGGAGGUGCUGAGCUCCGCCUCCUUCCCCCUGACCAAACACGUUUGGUUGGGACUGCGCAGGUACCUGAUGGAUGGCAGGUGGUUCUGGAUGUCCGGGCCUUCCGUGGACUACAGCAGCUGGGAGACGGACCACAUCUGGAGAGUUACCAGUCCCUGUGGCGGCAUCGACACCAGCGGCCACUUCCACUGGAAUGAUCUCCCGUGUGGAGAUCACCUUCACUUCAUCUGUUUGACAGUCUCACCCCUGAUCCACUACUUGAGCGCGGAGCUCCUCCAAUUCAGAUUCCACCGAUCUGCUCCUCCGCCUAUACUAUACCACUUCCCGGACACCGCCGCCACCCCGCCGGAGGCAAGGGACAACUACUCCAAGACCUCCUCCUCGACCACAAGUUGGACUUUCUCUGCCUGA